AUGGUGCAAGUCGGGGCAUCCGAGGGCGCUUUCGAGGGCCUUCUGGAGCCUUUCUCCGAGCCGACGACCACCGGAAUCGGAAUAUACAGGACGGAGGAGGUCUUCUUCUUCUUGCCCAUGUUUGGAGAAGGGGGGCAAAAACAAGUUUCGGCGUUACAAACGGCGCCAAGUGCUUGGAAAUUAGGGUCGUCGUCGUCGUUGGCAAUUCCAGGCGAGCCACCGUGA